AUGCCAGCGACGACAUCUGAAGCAGAUAUCGUCUUCAACAGAGCCAAUGUUGCUCUCGCAAAAAGCCAAAGGCUCAUCGCAUCCUGGCUUCCUCCGAAGACAUCUGAUGAGUCUGCAAAUGCGAAAACCGAAGAGGAUCUUGACCGUGAAGAGCAAGAAAUUUUCACGCCUGUGCCGGACCAGCUAGGCCUAGGCGCCCCUCUUCCGAAGGAUGUGCCUGAUGGGGCCGUCAAACGAAGAGAUCUCAGCUCAAACGAGGCUCUUCGAAAGCGUCUCCUUGGAAAGAAUGCAAACAAAAUACAGUCGAAAUCUCUGCCCGCGGUACAUGGAUCAUCGACGCCGUUGCCAGGAAAAAAUACUUUGGCGGGCAAUAAGAAGGGUGAUCUUUCCCGUUCUGGUCCUGUUCACGCGCGCUACAGCGCAGCGACCAGCGACGACGAAGACGAUGAGGGCGGCCGAUCCUCAUUAGGAAAAUCGAAGAAGCGUGCUACCAAAUCAGAAGAGACGAUUCCCAACCUGGGAAGCAAGUCUUUACCCGAAGCAGAAGACGACGAAAGCAAUGAAGAGGGCCGGGCUUCAUCGAAAACACAGCCUUCCUCUGUCGCGCAGUCUACCACUAGUAGCGUGAAACGCGCCCGGGCAGCGAACUUUUUGGACGAGAUGCUCGCAGAAAAGGCACAGAGAAAGAAGAAAAAGAAGAACAAGAAUAAGCAGAAAGAAGCGACAGGAAACAAUGAGUAG